AUGGGUAGCGAAGAUUCAAAUCCACCCUCUCCCGACCAGUAUCCGGUUCAGAGAGAACCAUCGAUAAACGGCGGAAUGCCAUCGUUGGACACGAAAAUAUCAGAUGAUUCGAAUCCGACAAUCAAUUUGAAAAAUAAUUUUGACGCCAAGACUGCCGAAAUGGUUCAGCAUUUGCUCAUGAUGAACGGACAUCACGACAGCAAAAUGGCGGCUUUGCAAAGUCUUCAAAAUUUACAAAAUUUAGCAACGGGUUUACAAAAUUUAAAUAGCGUUAGUUCUUUAGUCGCCGGAUUACAAGGCCUUACGGGACUGCAAUCGAUGUCGACUUCGUUGCAAAAUUUAACGGUGCCACCGCAAAACCUUUUAAACACUCCGUUGAAUUUGAGUUUAGGAUCGAAUAACAGCAACGGAAUGAUGGGAAAUCAUGCCGGGGCGUCGUCGUCGUCAUCGUCGUCAUCGUCGUCGCCGUCGUCGUCGUCCAUAUUGAAUCCUGGACAAGGAGGAACGCAAAUGCCACAAUUAAUACUUGCCAGCGGUCAAUUGGUGCAAGGAAUACAAGGGGCUCAAUUACUAAUACCGACGUCGCAAGCCACGCAGACAAUCUUAACAAUACCUGUAAAUCAUGUGACCGGCAAUCAAAUGGUAAAUCUAGCUUUAAACAAUGGUCAAGUUGUAACGACAACCUUAGCUCAGUUGCAAUCUUUAGCGCAGCCUCAUUUGCUUUCUGCAUCCACAUCUAGUCCAGUUUUUCGACAAACAAUCACACUGUUAAAAGUCCCGUACACAGAACUCAUCAUUCCUACUCGGCUGACUGCGAACAAUUCCGACAUAACAAUAACACCGACUCCGGCACCUGCUCAUCAAAUGAGCAGAAUGACCACCGAUGCGGAAAAUUAUAGAAGAGAAAGAAGCGAAUCUCCGCUGUCGGACGGCUGUGACUUAUUGGACGAUUCUCCCAACGAACCCAUGAUCAGCGAAGUUCAAAGCAACGUCGUCGAUGGAAUUAAUUUAGACGAAAUGAAAGAUUUUGCAAAAGCGUUUAAAUUGAGAAGAUUGUCUCUCGGACUGACACAAACUCAAGUCGGACAAGCUUUAAGCGUCACCGAAGGUCCUGCUUACAGUCAGAGUGCUAUUUGCAGGUUUGAAAAGUUAGACAUAACGCCGAAAAGCGCUCAAAAAAUCAAACCCGUUUUGGAAAGGUGGAUGAAAGAAGCCGAAGAAAGGUUCAAAAGUGGUCAAAAUCAUUUGACGGAAUUUAUAGGUAUGGAACCAUCGAAAAAAAGAAAAAGGAGGACGUCGUUUACUCCUCAAGCUUUGGAAUUGUUAAAUGUACAUUUCGAAAGGAACACUCAUCCUUCGGGUACGGAAAUCACGGCUUUAGCUCAUCAAUUGGGUUACGAAAGAGAAGUUAUAAGGAUUUGGUUUUGUAAUAAAAGACAAGCAUUAAAAAAUACGGUUAGAAUGAUGUCAAAAGCAGGAGGAUAA